CAAAAUCUUUGGAUAGAAAGACCAUCAUUUGAAAGAAAGCGCGUCAGUGAAAAAAGAAAAAGAAAUAUCAAUGUCGGCCAUGUGCACUAUCUGAAAGCAAUUUAUUCAGCAAAGAAAAGGUAAAGAAAGGUAGUGCCUCUCACCAAUAGAUGCUUCACCAGAUUAAAGACCGCGUCAGUAUGAAAAAGAAAAUUAAGCGUUUGAUGACUUGAAGUUGAAACGAAAGCUCCUCCACAUGGAAGGUGGUAGGAAACUGCUUCGUCAAGCCCUCAUAAAUCUAACCAGAGCGCCACUGCCAUACCCAAUUCUUUGAGCUUCUCUUUACCUUUAAUUAUUUGCCUCCUAUCUAUGACCACUCAACCAGUCUCUUCUUCUCCUUCUUCUUUUUCUUCUUUCACUCAUAAUUCGUCAUGCACAUAUGAUGUGUUUUUGAGUUUUAGAGGUGAGGAUACACGCACCAAUUUUACAGAUCAUUUGUACAAGGCUUUGUCUGAUAAAAAGAUCCACACCUUCAUUGAUCGAGAGCUUGUAAAAGGAGAAGAAAUAUCGUCAGCUCUUGUCAAAGCAAUUGAAGAAUCAAGAAUUUCUCUCAUUGUAUUCUCUGAAAACUAUGCAUCUUCGAGGUGGUGCUUGGAUGAACUUGUCAAGAUCCUUCAAUGUAAACAAUCAAAGCAACAAAUAGUUUUGCCCUUUUUUUACAAGGUGGAUCCGUCAGAUGUACGACACCAAAGAAGUAGUUAUGGUGAUGCAUUUGUUCACCAUGAACGCAAAUUCAAGGAUGACAAGGAGAAAGUGCUCAAAUGGAGGAGAGCUCUUACGGAAGCCGCAAAUUUGUCCGGAUGGCAUUUGAAGGAGGGAGAGUAUGAAACUGCAUUUAUCAACAACAUCGUUGAUGGAAUCUUAAGCCAAGUAUUGAGCCGCACAUAUUUGAAUGUGCCCAAGUACGCAGUUGGAAUUCAGUCUCAUGUACAAGAUGUGGAAAUGCUUUUGGAUGUUGGUGGGAAUGGUCGUCACAUGGUUGGGAUAUGGGGGACAUCUGGAAUAGGCAAGACAACAAUUGCAAAAGCUAUUUGCAAUGCAGUUGCUUAUAAGUUUGAAGGAAGUUGUUUCUUGCCAAAUGUUAGAGAAGGAAGCUUAAUCCAGCUACAGAAGACUCUCCUUCAAGAGAUUCUUGGUGGUAAAAAGUUGAAAAUUGCCAGUGCUGAUAAAGGUAUCUCUAUUAUACAUAAUCUAUUGAGGCAUAAAAAGAUUCUCUUAAUUCUUGAUGAUGUGAAUCAGUUGGAGCAAUUAGACAACUUGGCUGGAGUUGGUUGGUUUGGUGAGGGUAGUAGAGUCCUCAUAACUACACAAGAUAGCGGAUUGCUAAAAUGUCAUGGAAUUAAGUUGAUAUACGAGGUCCAAAAGUUACGUGACUACCAAGCUCUUGAGCUUUUCAGUUUGAAUGCCUUCGGAAUAAAUGAACCUCCAAAAGAUUAUUUGGAACUCGCACAACGUGCAAUAGCUUUUGCUAAUGGCCUUCCACUAGCUCUAACAAUUUUAGGUUCUCAUCUUCGUAAUAGAGAUAAAACAUUUUGGCAAGGUAUAUUAGAUGGUUUCAAAGGAGAACCUUAUACACAUAUUGAAAGAAUACUUCAAAAGAGUUAUGAUGCCUUGGAUGAUUACGCAAAAGAAGUUUUUCUCGACAUUGCAUGUUUCUUCAAGGGUGGAAUUAAGGACUAUGUGCUACAAAUAGUCCCCAAAAAUUGCAUUGAAGUACUCGUUGAUAAGGCAAUGAUAACUGUUGAAUGGGAUAAAAGGAUUUUAAUGCACGACUUGCUAGCAAACCUGGGCAAGGAUAUAGUUCGCAAAGAAUCUCCCAAUGAUCCUGGCCAGCGUAGUAGAUUGUGGUUUUAUGAGGAUGUCAAGCAAGUUCUAACGGAAAAUACUGGAACAAGAAAUAUUAAAGGCAUAAUGGUGAAGUUUCCAGAACCAGCUGAGAUAACCUUGAAUCCAGAAUGCUUCCGUAAUAUGGUAAAUCUUCAAAUUUUCAUAAACCAUAAUGCAUCUCUAUGUGGGCACAUUAACUAUCUGCCCAACGCGUUAAGAUGGAUUGAUUGGAAGGGAUAUCAGUUACAAUCUUUGCCAUCUGAGUUUGAUCCAGUACAUCUUACUGUGUUCAAUAUGCCUGGCGGUAGUAUUAGAAGAUUGGAGAAAUUGAAGAAUAUGUCAAAGCUGACAUCUAUGAAUUUACGUGGUUGUCAAUUCUUAGAAAAAAUUCCUGACUUAUCUGGAAUCCCAAACAUAAAGUACUUGGAUCUAUGUCGGUGUACAAGUUUGGUUGAGGUUGAUGAUUCUGUUGGACGCCUUGAUAAACUGGUUGAAUUGAAUCUUCGAGGAUGUGUUAGGCUUACGAGGUUUGCAACAAGACUUAGAUUGAAAUCCUUAAAAACACUUUAUCUAAUUGAUUGCAAAAGGCUUGAGAGUUUCCCAGAAAUAGAGGUGGAGAUAGAAUCACUACGGAGUUUGUACAUAUCAAGAAGUGGCAUAAGAGAAUUGCCUUCAUCUAUUACAUAUCUUACUGGGCUUGACGUAUUGGAAGCUGAGGAUUCCGAAUUACAGCUGUGUCCCAACCUAUCUAAAUUUUGUCUCAAAGGAUGCAGUCAAAUCAGAAAAUUGGAGAGAUUUAAGAAUAUGCCAAUGCUGACAUCUAUGAAUUUAAGUGGUUGUCAAUUCUUAGCAAAAAUUCCUGACUUAUCCGGAAUCCCAAACAUAGAGCACUUGAAUCUAAGUCGGUGUACAAGUUUGGUUGAAAUUGAUGAUUCUAUUGGACUCCUUGAUAAACUUGUUACUUUGGAACUUGAUGGAUGCAUUAAGCUUACGAGGUUUGCAACAAGACAUAGAUUGAACUCCCUGGAACAACUUUACCUUGGUGGUUGUAAAAGGCUUGAGAGUAUCCCAGAACUAGAGAAUAUGCCUAAACUUGUUAUAUUGAAUCUUGAUGGAUGCGUUAACCUUACGAGGUUUGCAACAAGACUUAGAUUGAACUCCCUGAAAAGACUUAAUCUUCCAGGCGAUGAAGUUCCAAAGUGGUUCAGCUGUCGUGAAGAUGCAACACUAGUUAAAGAGGAGAAAGAGGAAUACCAUAAAGAGGAAUACCAUGGUGGAUGUGAAGUUAGAGAGGAGGAAGAGGAAUACGAAGAGGAAUACGAGGCUAGAUGUAAAGUUAGUUUUGAAAUUCCUCAAAAUUUAAAAUGGGAGACGUUAAGAUUGGUUCUAUGUGUUGUUGCGAAGGUAUCUAUUUCAGAUAUUUCUUUCACGAUUAGUCUCAAUGGACAACGCGUCAAUGAGAUAUCUCUUCGCGAGAGAGAGUAUAGUUACGAGAUAAAGGAAGGUCAUGUGCGGCUCGCGUGUAUUCCAUUAUUGGAUUGGUUCCAUUUAAAUUUAAGUCAACCACUGAAACCGGGUAGUAUGUGUAAAGUUGACUUUCUCUUGUCUGUGUAUGGCAGAGUGCCCGCAAUCGUUAAAAUUCCCUGCGGGGUCCACCUAUUAGGCCACCAGGUUGCUGAUGUCAGUGUGACUGAAGAUUUUUAUCAGCGGUUGUUGCCUGAGGCGAAUGAUGAUCAACACAAAGACUACGAAUCGACUUCCUUGUCUUUAGCAUCAAAGACUAGUCUUGGCAAGAGGCCUUGCGAAUCAGAUUUCAUGGCACUUGACGAUGAUCAUUGUGCUAACGCCCUCGACAACGAUGAUCAUGUUACUCAAUGGCUUGAUCAUUGUGCUAACGCCCUCGACAUUGGCAAUGAAUUUCUAAAGUGGUUUAUGUGAGCCCCAAGUUUAGCUGUUCAAACGAACGAAAUUUCCGAAUAAUGGUAUGAUAAUCAAGAGGUGUGUUGAGGGGCCAGCAGUUUCUGAGAUUUUAAGUUGCAUAAGGCAAUACAUUUCUUCUCAAUUGAUGCAUCCAGGAUUUAUGAGAGGAUGAAAAAAAACUGUUUGCAAGCCGGAUUUAUCUAAUGCUUUCAUUCCACACAAAACUUAUGACUGAGGAAUAAAUGUCCCUACAUCAAAAACGAAAAUUCACUUCAUACAACAAUAUUAUAACAAGAGAGUGGUACACAGCAGUGUAAAUGUAGACAAAUAUGCACGGCAGAACCAUGUCUCCGUGGAGCGCGGCAAAACUGCCCACAUUGCCAUGACUUCUUUCAACCGUCGUGCUAUUAAAAUAAACUAAUUUGAAAGAUGACGGUGACUUCUUUCAACCGUAGUGCUAUUAAAAUCAACUAAGGGUUUCGGACUCCACACCGACGGUUAUUAUAACACCAGUCAUGGUUUGUAAUGGUUUUGUAAACCACAACGAUUUUUUCAUUUUGCGUCAUGUAUCGUUGUUUUAUAUUAUUGUAGUAGUGGUUCUACAUGAGGUCAUUGAAAUAACGAAAAUUGGGAAAGUAAAUGAGACUGCCCUUAUAUGCAUCUUAAACAAUUAUUCCCUGACCUCAUUACCAAAUUUAAGAAGCAUGGAAAAUUCCUUCCAAUCAAAGUCUAAAAAAUUACAAACUUCCCAGUGAUAUUUGAAUACGCCUAUUCCUCCAAAACUGAGUUUGAGGGGUACCUUGACGGAUUCAUCAUUUGAAUAUGCCUCUGCUAGGAAUAUUCUUCCCAAAAUUUCUACAUGAAGAAAAGAACUGAGAGGACAGAAUGUACCUGAAGAAAUACAGAUGGAAGCUUUGUCUCACCAAUUAUACGCAAAUAUGACUCCACCUGCACAUAAAGAAGUUUAAUUCUCUAACAUGUCGAAACAUGGAAAGCAAGGAAAUGGUUUAAGCAGAAGCAAGCAAUGCACAAAAUGUUGUAAACAUACUACUAGCAUAUAAUCCUCAAAUGUUACACUAAUAGCAGUACUAUAAAAAGGUGAACGCAGCACUAUAUCUUCUCUGCUCAAUUUAUCAGGGGCUGUUGAACUCAAUGGCAAAAAGAACGAAAACCCUUAGCAAUUUUUGCAACCCCAAAAUGUUUUUCAUCACAAAUAACGAACAUAGAGUAAUGCUUCAAUUCCCAAUGAGGUAAACUAAAUCUCGAGGAAAAAUCCACCUCUGAGGUCUCAAACGUUAUAUGCAUCAAAUAGUUUCAGAGUAACUUACAUAAUUUUAUAACUAACUAGAACACGUGGCACAUGUAAGUUAUGUGUCAAAUUCUUUGACCUGAAAACUCAUCCUCCUAACACGAUGCGUCCAUGAUUUUCCCAUCAAUUGUUGAUGGUCUAAGUUAAUGGAUGAGACUAUUUGAGGAGUCUAAAUAUUUAUGGGAGACAUUGACCAAAAGUUCUACAGUAACCUUUGAAAUUACACAAAAUUUAGGGGGGGCAUGCUAUAACUUUUCUUUACCAUACUAAAAUAGCACCUUUUUAAUGACAUUGAAUAAACCAUUUAUUAACAUAAGGUGUAAAAUUAAA